UCACAUCGCACGGAGGGGCGGAGAGAUUCUUUUGUGCGCAUGAGCAACAUAUUAUUGCCUUCAUUGAUAAAAAUCCUUUGUGUGAACAUUUCCUCAUCUAAUCCUGUCACUGUUGCUUUCGGUCGCAUUUCACCAAUCCACACGUUAUCUUGAAAUUGGCAAUGGCAUCGCGUGCUGGCCCAAGAGCUGCAGGGACUGAUGGGAGUGAUUUUAAACACAGAGAGAAAGUGGCAUCUCACUAUCAGAUGAGUGCUUCAUUGAAAUCAGAGAUAAAGAAGCUCACCUUCGUGCAUUUCCUCAUAUGGAUACUGGUGGCGGCUCAAGUGGCUGUUAGUCACCUCAAUCUGGUGUCGCAUGACUUGGUGGCCAUGCCCUAUCAGUGGGAGUAUCCCUACCUUUUGAGUCUCCUGCCCUCGUUUAUUGGAGCCCUGGCCAUGCCGAAGAACAACAUCAGCUACCUUGUGAUCUCCAUGAUCAGUGCUGGUUUGUUUUCUGUGGCACCCUUGAUUUUUGGUGCAAUGGAAAUGUUUCCACUGGCCCAGCAGCUGUACCGACACGGGAAGGCCUACCGGUUUAUCUUUGGCUUCUCGGCUGUCUCUGUGAUGUAUCUACUCAUGGUGAUUGCUGUUCAGGUGCACGCAUGGCAAAUCUACUACAGCAAGAAGCUUUUAGAUGCCUGGUUCAACUCAACACAAGAGAAGAAGAAGAAAUAAAAACACUAUUGUAUACUUACUUGACCAUGCUCAUUUGAUGUCUUGUUGCUACAAUGCAUGCAAUUAUUUUUAAUGUUAUAUGUAUAUUUGCAAGCCAACAAAUCUUACAUUUAUUUACACAAGACCUAGAAUUCUGUUUAAUUUAAAUUUGUUUCUUCAGGAGGUCUGGUCCAUGUCCAAGAAAACAAAGCAAUUCACAUAAUUUCUAAUAC